AUGAAUGAGCAAAGUUUUAAACGCUACCAUCUUUCAACUAACUUAAAUGAAUGUCAAGAGAAUAAUAAUCAUGUUGAUAAUGGUCGUCCAUUUGAUAAUGACCCAUUUGUAGAAUAUCAGUCAAAUAACAGUACACCACCAUCAUCAUCUUAUGUUAAUUAUGAACUACAAAAUAAGAACUAUGAUUCUGAUGAAAUUCUUGAUUUGAGAAUGCAUAAAAAUAAAAUCUUUGACACUUGGCCAUCAACAACAAUAUCGUUAUCUUCCACAAAUAUAAACCAUAAUAAUCAUCAAUGUAAAAUAUCAAAUUCAGAAUUAUUAAAUAAUCUAACUGAAAUCAAUAAACAACAAGACAUUGAUGCAUUAUUCAAUCAUCAUUUAACUUCAUCAUUAUCUUCAUUAACAAGUACCACCACCACCACCACUACUACUACUACUACCACUAAUAAUACUACUACUAAGUUGAAUACGUUUUCAACUGCUUUAACAUCAUCAGUAUCAUUUGAAAAAUUAACACAAACAAUACCCACUUCUAAUAUUAAUCCUAUGAAUAAUUUAAUAGAUUUUACCACCACAUUAUCAAAAACUAUACAUACAUUAUCUAAAUAUAAUUAUUCUAAAUUAAAUGAUAAUAUUAAACAUUCAAUUAGUCAUGAAUUUCAAUUAGAUAAAAUAAAUUUUCUUUCAAAUUUCCCAUAUUAUCUUUAUCGAAUUUUUUCUACAUCAAAUAUAAUUCCUACUAUUCAACAACAACAACAACAACAACAGCAGCAGCAGCAGCAACACCAGCACCGACAACAACAACAACAGAAUCAAGAAAGACAAUACUAUAAUUCUACUAUUUCAUCUUCAAUAUAUCCUCUACAAGACAAUACAAAUAUUUCAUAUUCAUUAUUAAAACCAUGUAUAAAGUUUUCUAAUAUGAAUUCAAUAAAUCAACAAUAUACAACACCAUUCCAAAUAUCAAUUAAUUUUAUAAAUUGGUAUUAUCAAUUUAUACAAAAUUUAUAUCAAUUAUUAUCAAAACAACAAUUCAAACAACAACAGCAUCAUCAACAACAACAACAGAAAGAUCAUUGCCAACAACAGCAAAAUCAUCAUCAUCAUCAACAACAACAACCACAACAUCAACAAGGACAAGUUGAUCAUCAACAAAAUGAUCAAAAUAUAAAAUGGAUUAAAAAGGAGACAAAUGAAUUCAAUAAAGAAUAUCAUAUUAGUUUAAAUUCAUUUGAUUUACAUUUAGAUAAAGAGAAAUAUUAUCAAAAGAUAAAUAAUUCAAUAGAUAGUUUAAAAAUUAAUAAAUAUGAUACAUCAACAUAUAUUAUGAAAAAUAAUGAAAAUUUUUCUAAUUUUCAAUCAAAUCAAGAUGAAUUACCUAUUGAUUCAUGUUCACAAAAAUGGAUCAUUUUACAAAAUGAAUCAAAUAUAUUAUCUGAACAAUCAAAUUUUUCUAAAUCAAUAAAUGAUAAAAUCAAUACAAAAUUAUUAAAUAAAUCUAAAUUAUCAUAUUCUAUAAAUUCAUCAUUAUCUUCAUCUAAUCCAAUUCAUUAUUAUCGUAAUAUUUAUCAUUAUCAUCAUAAUCAACAAUUUAUUAAUAAUCGUAUUAAAUAUAAAUUACAAUUAAAUAAUAAAAAUAAUAAUAUAAAAAUUAAUAAAAAUUCUAAUUUAUCAUAUCGUUAUCAAUGUCCACAUUGUAAAAAAGAAUUUCCACGUUCAGCUAAUUUAAAUCGUCAUUUACGUACACAUACUGGUGAAAAACCAUAUCAUUGUGAAUAUUGUCAAAGAGGUUUUAGUAUAUCAUCUAAUAUGCAACGUCAUAUAAGAAAUAUACAUCAACGUGAACGUCCAUUUAUAUGUACAAUAUGUAAAAGAGCAUUUGCUCAAAGAACAAAUUUAGAUAGACAUAAACGUAAUCAUUGGUUACAUAAUACAUAAAUUUAAAAUAAAAUGUAUAUUUAUUUAUUUAUUUAUUUAUU